UAAUCUUUAUGAAUCUGCGUGAAGUUUAAACAAUCCUACUUCCUAGUAUGAACUAUUAUCUGUGUCUAGACAUCAAUGUCAUCACAGAAUUUAUAAUCUGUUGUCAAAUGCUACAUUUGUUUUGCAAACUAUUUAGUGUUUGGUAACGAAUUAAUAUCAUCAUUACUUAUGAUUUAGAUUUUUGUUGCUGUCUUUUCGAAAUCCAAUUAGAGCUUAUUGCUAUACAAGCGAAAUGAACGAGUGGAAAUGCUGUAGAACCUGUUUGAACGACCAAAACCUUCUUCCGAUAUUUGUUAUGCCGGAACAAAGUGAAAAAUAUUCUAGUGUUUUAUUUGUAAUCACCGGUGUUAAGAUCGAAAUAGACGAUACGCUGCCGCAAGAAAUGUGUAACAAUUGUAUAACAUUUGUAAAUAAUUGCAUAAAGUUCAGGAGAAAAUGCGAUCAAGCUAAUAACAUACUGAAAAACAAUACGUGUGACAUAAAACUGGAACCGUGUCUCAAGACUGAAGACGUGACAAUAUCUAUAGACAUAUCCGAUGGAAGCAAGGAAGAUAACAAAACUGACGAAGACACUAUCACCUUGGACCAGUUACAGCAGAACAAAAACACAAGUAACAAUAAGAAAUGUAGCAAUGAUUCAAACACGGCAACGAAACGGAACAAAAACGUUGACAGACCGAGGAAAAGUGUUAAAGAGGAGAUCGAAUGUGAGUACUGCCGCAAAAUACUAACGUCUCGGUUGUCUUUACGGAACCAUUACAAAAUACACACCGGCUUCGAUGUGGUGUGCGAGCACUGCGGCAAGAAAUUCAUAACGCGGAGACUUCUCCUGAUGCACUGUCGAGCCAAGCACGGCUACGAGAAAACGGAUAAGUGUUCCUUCUGCGACUAUAGAGCAUCUAACGCUGAACAGGUUAAAAUUCAUGAGCGACUCCACACCGGUGAAAAGCCGUUUGUAUGUAAGGAGUGCAACACGGGAUUCCAUAGGAAAAGCAGUUACUUGCAGCACAUAGCCAUACACUUGCCGGAGAAAACUGUACAGUGCGACCAGUGUUCAGCUCGAUUCAAAUCCGUGACCCUGAUGAGGAUUCACAAGAGCCGACACCGACCGGCUCCCUACAGCUUCAAGUGCGCCGUCUGCGAGAACAGCUUCGUGAGGAGAAGGAACGUCAUCAGACACCUGUUGCGGGUGCACGGGCUGGAGGGUGACGAACACGUCACCAGGGUGAAGGUCGGCUGAGGGUGACACCCGCUGGAUCGUCGAGAUCAUUCGGAAUGUUUUACAAUAUAUAUCGUAAUCUUUAUAUUAAAAUAAUGUUGGUAGAUUAAUGAGCUUGGAAGGACAAGUGAUAUUUAAUGUAAUGAAUAAAGUAUUUAUCUUGA